AUGUCUUCUGAUCCUUCAUUCGAGGAAGUAAAAGAAUAUAAUAUAGAACAACUUAUCACUUAUUUGCGAACAAAGAUCUUGAAUUUUGAAGAGAAUGAUUUUGCUAUAUUUCGUAAUCAGAGAAUUAAUGGUCAAACUAUUGUUAAUAUGACUCAGAAGGGGUUUAGUGAACCUCCCUUUAACUUUGUUUAUGGAAUAGCUAAGAAUCUUAGCAAUUUGAUCGAUGAAUUAAAAAGCCAAAGAAGUCUUUCUCUUAAUGAAAUUUUAUCAUAUAUUCUGCCACCUAUCAAAUAUCCUCCUUAUGCUAGUACCUCAAUUUCCUCAACAAAAGUGUCUGGUGAUUGGCCUAUAAAAAUCAUGCGUUGGAAAGAAUUUAAAAGUGAAGCAAAUGAGUACAACUUCGUUGGACAAGAAAAAUUUGAGAGGCCAUACUUAAUUGAAAAUUUAAAAGCAAUUGUUAAAUCUAAUGUUGAAACUGCUAUGGAAGUAAAUAUAUUUCAUAUAUUAAACACAGUUUUAAAAAAAUACAAGUUUGAGAAACAAAAUGAUUUGGACUUUUUAAAGGACACUUAUAUUAGUCCUUUUAAACCAGAUUACACUUGUUAUCUUAAAACAAUUAAUAAUUUAUUGAAGCAAAUCUUAGCAAUCGAAAUUAGGAGAUAUAUUGUUAUAGAGGGUUUUGAGAAUUUUGAUGAUGAAGACCUAAAAAGGCAAAGUUUUAGCAGACCCUUGCAUGAUGUAAUUGAGCAAUUAUACAAUUACAUGUCAGUAUUAGAACUUCAAUACGGAAUACUUUCAAGUUAUGAUUAUCAUUGGUUUUUUUAUCGACCAAAAAAUAAUAAUACAGAGCUUUACAUUUCACAUCCUCUUAAACAUGACUCAACUGAUCCACCAGUGCUUAAGGCAUAUGCAUAUCUAGCUCUAUUAGCAGAAAGAGAUCCCAAAUCUCCUCAUCAUAAUAUAAUUAAUCAUAAUAAAAGGCAAAAUAGUAGAAUACAAAAUUUACUAUUACAAAAUUCUGAGAAUAUCCAGAUUUCUAGAAGUAUAGGUAGUUCUUAUUAUAGCUCAAAUGCAAUAUCUAUGUUUUUUGGCCAUUGGAAAACAUGGCAACAAGAUUAUAAUAAAAUUACGGAACAGGAUUUUGAUUUCUCUGAAUUUAAGUUUAAGAGUUUUUUAGGAUGUGGACAAACUGGAGGAACUUAUGCAUGUGAAUUCUAUGGACAAAUAAUAGCUUUGAAGGUUUUAAAUCUUUAUAAGAAUAGCCAAUUUCUUAAUCAAAUGCAAAAAGAAAUCGAAAUAUACAAACUUCUUUUUAAAAUUCAAGAAAUAUAUAUUCCAAAAUUGGUAUGUUAUGGUUAUUAUGAAAUUGGAUAUGUUAUGGGUAUAACAAUUGUUGGUACUAAGUUGAGUUUCCAUAAGAUAGAACAAUGGCAAAAAAAUAAGGCUCUCAGGGCAUUAGAAAUAAUUCAUAGUCAUAAUAUUCUCCAUAAUGAUAUUCGAGAAGAAAAUAUCUUAAUCAAUGAAAAAAAUAAUAUAUAUAUUAUUGAUUUUGGGAAGUCAAUUAAAACUGAUAAAAAGAAUCUAUUUUGUAAAGAAAAAUCUGAAUUAUCCCAUUUAUUAAAUUACUAUAUGUAA